AUAAUAGGUUUUGAUUGUUACCGUGGUUACAGACAAUUGGUUGAAUUGAGGCCGUCGCUUCGUUUCCAUUCGCAGAGAUAAGCACAAAACAUGUUGCCCAGAGUUGGAGUGAGAAGUUCAGCAUUAGCCCGAGCUCAGGCUCAGCUGUCUGGAAAAAGAGUUCCUAUCAAAUCCAAAGAUGCUAUAGAUGAACAUCAGGCAUACAUGAAUAACCUCAACAAGAAAAAAACUGCAUUGAAAGGUGUACAGUCAUCAUUUGAUGACCUAAGUGACAUUUCAGCUAGUGAACAGGAGACUGAAAGAGACAAGCAAAAUAAAACCCCUGCCAAGGCUGAAGAGAGACCUAGCAGGUUCUUGAAGAAAAAGCAAAUGCUCAUCAAAGAAGAAUCAGGUGAUUCAAACAGCAAUGAAAUCACACAAGACAAAAGGCCACUGCCUACCCAUGCACACACUACCCAUCCAAGGAAGCCAGACAGUGCUGCUCUGAGGAGGUUGGAAGAAAUCGAGAACAGACACAAACUAAGGAAGCCACAGGCAGAAAUCUCAGAGAAUGACUCUGACAUGUGGACCUCAGAUGAAAGGCCAUUUUCUACUAGAUCAAGUAGUGACUUUAGUCCUAGAGGAAAAAGAUUUAUGAAGAAAAUAAUUUAUACCAAGGAGCAGGGGCCUGGCAUACCCAGAGGAGGACCAGUGGAGAUAUCAGAUGAUGUGGACAAGCUGAGGAACAUCCCAAAAACACCAAGAUCACCAUCACCCCCUAGCAAAGGAUAUCCACGCAGAAGCCUGCAACUCUCACCACCAAGUCAUGGCUCACCCAAGUCCCUUGACGAUCUGUUUCUCAGAACAGAAGAUGUGAGCAGUGCAAGUUCCAAUGAUGUCAAGUUUAAGUUAUUGAGUCUUGAUGAAUUGUUUCCAGCUGAUGGGGGAAAGAAGACACCAAGAUCACCAUCACCCCCUAGCAGAGGAUCUCCACGGAGAAGCAUGCGUCAAAAUCACCUGUUAAAAAGCUUCACAUCUCAAUCCAGCCCCCCUUCCCAGGGGCUUUCAAGGGCACUCUUGCCAUCAAGCUAUGGCUCACCCAAGUCCAUCGACGAGCUGUUCCCCACAGAUGAAGAUGUUAGCAGUGCAAGUUCUGAUGAGUUCAAGUUGAAUAUAUUAAGCUCUGAUGACUUGUUCCCAACUGUAGAUGAAAAAAACGUGAGAAAGGAGAUACAAACUGAAAAAUUUGAUACACAGAAUGCACAGCUAUCAAAUGUCCAGGGCGUAGUACCUAAAAAAACAAAGAGUAAACGAUUAUUCAGUAGGAAGGAAUCCUCUUCAAGUGAAGAAUCCAUCUCUGUGGUGCUCACCGAGACAAGUGGUAGCUGUGAAAAGCAGCCUGUAAAGUAUGAAAGACGGGCAAACAAAGUGAAGAAAGUAACCUUAAAGGAUGUGGCUGUUCAGACCAGAGAAUCUGGAUUCACCUUUCACCAGCCACACGGAUCCAGGACCCCUGACUAUGCAGCCGAAACAUUCUUUAAUGAACCUGUUGCCCUUGCUGAUUAUACAGUCAGUCCAGAGUUAAUAGAAGCAUUGUCCACAAAUAGGUCGAUGGCUGUAGCCUUGAAUGAUAUGCUAAAGCAGCAGCUUCACCUGACUCGGAGCUUUGUGAAUAUUGCUCGCCAAAUGUACCUUUCAAGUGUGAACUCACUGGAGAGAGAGGUGUACCACUACACCACGCUGGAGGAAACCAAGGAGUAUAUCCGACAACAGACAUCUCCAAAAUGGAAGCAGCACCUUGAAGUACAAACUGAGGGCUGUUACUCUGCAGCAGGACAAAUGGAGCGGUGACAACUGCGUGUGCCCUCUAACACCAUCGGGUGGCUGAUCUGAACCUGCAAGCCUAAAAGUAAUCUGAAAGGACCACCCCAUUUUCUUGUAAGAUUCAUAUUAGAGUCCGUUUUGCAUUGGCUGCAGCACAAUUUACCUUAUCAGUGCAUGCUUCCUAUACUGAAAGCAGGAAUUGCAUUUAAGUAUGCAUCCUGCAGAGUAGCACACAGUCAUUCGGGCUACCAGAAGCAAAUCACUCAUAUGAUUGACAAACAUUGACAUGCAACUAGCAUAUAGACCGGUCAGCCAUAACAU